AUGCACAUCCUUAUAUUGCUUAGCCUUGUCAGUUCCUCAUUAGCUCUUCUGGGAAUCGGUCGAACACAAUCCGUAGCCGUCUCAGGACGAUUAAUUUGCAAUGGACGACCAGCUGCCGGUGUUAAAGUGAAAUUGUAUGAGAAGGAAACGACAUUCGACGUUAAAAUGGCCGAAGGAACGACUAAUCAAAAUGGCGAAUUUAUGCUCUCGGGAUCAAAGACGGAAAUUUCCACUAUUGAUCCUAAAGUGAACGUUUAUCAUAAAUGUAAUUACAAUGGAUUGUGUUACCGGAAGUUCGGUAUUACAAUCCCGGACAACUACGUGAGCUCCGGCAAGAAUCCUCAAAAAACGUACGAUAUCGGAACGAUCAACCUUGCCAAUCGAUUCACCGGUGAAACCACUGAUUGUUUAAAUUAA